GAGCUUGUGAUUGGCCAGUGAUUAGUGGGGCAUUCUGCCCUACCUAGGAAACAGUGAGCUGCGGUCCCUGUGACCGCAGGUAGGAGGCGAGGACGGGGGCCGAGGAAAGGGGGACUGUGAUUCAUUUAAAAAAAGGAACACAUCAGGGUCAUUUGCUGUAGUAUCUUCACAGUUGCUCCCUUUUUUGGCAUUUCUGAAAUGAAGAAACUUCUACUGGUUGAUGUUGACUGUGGUGUUGAUGAUGCUCAAGCUAUCAUGAUGGCUCUAGCAUCUCCCCAUGUUGAAGUCUUGGGGAUUACUUGCUGUUAUGGAAAUAGUCUUUUGGAAAAUACAUGUAGAAAUGUACUCCGUGUGUUAUAUGUUUGUAACAAGCUUGAGAUUCCAGUUUAUCCUGGUGCCUCUUCUCCGAUACUUGGUGGACCUGUGGAAGGGGCACUAUAUCAUGGAAAAGAUGGACUGGGUGAUGUUCCAGAUCCUAGUGCUCCAGGAUUGGAGCUUCUGCAAGAAGAACAUGCUGUGCAUGCAAUAUUAAGAACAGCCAAUGAACGACAAGGUCAGGUUUCUCUAGUUGCUACUGGCCCCUUGACAAAUUUAGCACUGGCAGUGAAAAUGGACCCAACACUUCCUAAGAAACUUAAAAGCGUGUUCAUCAUGGGAGGAAAUACAGAAUCCAGAGGAAAUACUACAGUCUGUGGAGAAUUCAAUUUUGUAAGUGACCCAGAAGCUGCUUACAUUGUCUUAAAUGAAUACACCUGUCCAACUUAUAUUGCAGCGUGGGAAUUCACAUGGUCCUGCCCACUGUCCUGGGAAUUCUACCAUGAAUGGGUUAAUCAGGAUACUGAGAAAGCCAAGUUCAUGAAGAAAAUAUCUGCUCAUUCUGUAGAAUAUGCAAAGAACUCUAGGGAACAUCCAGGCGAGGAAGAAUCAGCAUUUAUUUCUUGUGAUUCCUAUGCUAUGGCUGCUGCUAUGGAUGAGAACUUUGUAACAGAAGUCACAGUAAUUGGUGUAACUGUAGAGCUCAAUGGCUCACUGACUAGAGGAAUGAUGGUAGUGGAUUGGACUAACAAACUGAAAAAAGAAAACAAAGCUUUUGUAAUGAAAAAUUGUGAUUUAGGGAAGUUCCAGUCACUUAUGAUGGCUGCUUUAGAAUAAGAAAUGGUUUUAUGGAGGUUUCUUCCUCAGGUAUACAUCUGAUGGGUACCCUGAUCUUUGACGUUGCUGUUUCAUGACACUUCUCUUUCUGAUGGCUCCUGAUGGCCCAGUAUAGGGAGCUAAGAUAAUUACACUGUCAAGAGCAUGAGGAGCAACAUUAGGUCAGUAGGUAUUGCCACUGCCACCAUACAAUUAGUAUGGAUUCUGUCUUUUUAAAAAUCUGUAACAGCAUGAAUUUGUGAAACGUCCAGUUUAAACUUACACCAUUGAGAAGGAAUCCAUGAUACAUGAUAAAGCAUUUUGAUAGUUGUCCAAGAAUAUUUAAAGCCUUUGUCAUCUCGUAGACUGAAAUAGAUGCUUAUUGAUUUAUGUACAAAGAACAGGGAAAAUUUAAUUCAGGGAGUAAUGAGAUCUAGUACACACAUAUUGAGCACAAAAAUAAGCAUAACUUUGUUAUUACUUUAGUGCAUUAAAAUUGCCAUUAGUAGCAAUACUAUGUAUGAUAACUUUUAGGAAAGACACACCAAUUAUUUAACACAAGUUGAUUUUGUAUGAUAACCGCAGCUAGGAUAAGUUACACAAAAUAAGUGUUAGUGCUUUCAGCUGAAGGGAAAAAUAAAUUACAUAAAUAUGCCCUGUCAAUAUUGAGAGAAGGAAGAUAAAGCUGUAAUAAUUACUUUGAGAACUGGAAUUCUUUUAAUAAUUAUAAUAAAGCACAUACAUCUA